AUGGCAGACAAUCGCCUCCAUGAUCCAUCACACUUUCCACCACUACCAAUACCAUCAAUUUCAUCUACCCACUACAUCAAUCACACCAUCUUCUAUUACGACCAUAUCCUUAUCAUCCAAACGCACAAUUUCAUCCUGACACCCUUCUCACAGCGCCUCAAAUCCUCCCUCUGGUACAGCAUAGGCAGCAUAGUCGAUGCAAUAGCACUGGACCAAGACCUAAACGCCACACCCCAAUUCAUCGGUUCCCUGACCGAACUCGUCUGGAGCCAGAUCCUAACCUCUGGUGCUGAUUUGGAGAACUUCGCAAAACAUGCGGGUAGAGAUACCAUCGAUACGAAAGAUGUAUUGCUUUUGGUGAGGAGAAAUGAGCAGUUAAAAGAGGUGUUGGAGAAUGCGUUGAAAGAAAUCAAGAAGUGA